CCCUCCCCCUCCUGCCGGCCGCGCGCUCCCGCUCACCGGCGCCAUGGCGGAACAGCCCGAGGAGGGGGCACCGGCACCGCCGGCACCGGCACCCCCGGCUCCCCCCGCCGCGCUGCCCCUCUCCGCCCCGCCGGGCGGCUCCCAGCGCCUCCUGUUCUCCCACGACCUGGUGUCGGGCCGCUACCGCGGCUCCGUGCGCUUCGGCCUGGUGCGCCUCAUCCACGGCGAGGACUCGGAGGAGGACUCUGAGGAGGGCGGGCGCGGGGCCGCGGCCGGCGGCGCUGCCAGCUCGGGCGGCUCCGAGUCGGGAGGCCCCGGGGCCGGCGGGGAGGAGGGCCGCGCCAGCCCGCUGCGGCGGGGCUACGUGCGGGUGCAGUGGUACCCGGAGGGCAUCAAGCAGCACGUCAAGGAGACCAAGCUGAAACUUGAAGAUCGCUCAGUGGUCCCUCGAGAUGUGGUCAGACACAUGAGCUCCAGUGACAGUCAGUGUGGAACCGUAAUUGACGUCAACAUCGAGUGUGCUGUGAAGCUGGUGGGAACCAACUGCAUCCUUUACCCUGUCAACAGCAAAGACCUGCAGCAUAUCUGGCCUUUCAUGUAUGGUGACUACAUAGCCUAUGACUGCUGGCUGGGCAAGGUCUAUGACUUGAAGAACCAGGUCAUCCUCAAGCUCUCCAAUGGAGCCAGGUGUUCCAUGAGCACAGAAGAUGGAGCCAAGCUGUAUGAUGUUUGUCCCCACGUCAGUGACUCGGGUCUCUUCUUUGAUGAUUCAUAUGGCUUUUAUCCUGGACAAGUCCUCAUUGGGCCAUCUAAAGUGUUCUCCAGUGUGCAGUGGCUGUCGGGUGUGAAGCCUGUUCUGAGCACAAAGAGCAAGUUCAGAGUGGUGGUGGAGGAGGUACAGGUGGUAGAACUAAAGGUUACUUGGAUCACUAAAAGCUUCUGUCCUGGAGGUACUGACAGUGUGAGCCCUCCUCCCUCAAUAAUCAGCCAGGAUAAGCUGUCCAGGGUGAAGCGUCUGGGCUGCUUUGACCAUGCCCAAAGGCAGCUUGGGGAAAGGUGCCUCUACGUGUUCCCAGACAAGGUGGAACCUGCAAAAAUCACCUGUGAAUGUCCAGAGAGGAAUUGUGUCCUGGGUGAAGGAGCAGUUGCCAAAAAGGUGAGGCGGCUGCUGAAGAAGCAGAUUGUGAAGAUCAUGUCGUGCUCCCCAGAGUCUCAGGGCACAGGUGAAGCCCCUGACAAAGAGUCUGCUGCAGCUGCUGACCAAAAAUCAGAGGAGCUUAAGCCUGAAUCCAAGUGUGAGCUGGAUGACUCUUCCAACAGUGCACCAAGUCCUGGGGAGAGAAAGGAGGAGCAGCCUGAAGAAACGGGCAAGGAGAAAGGGGGAGCAGCAGCACGGCAGCAGCAGCAGGCCCCAUUUCUCCUGAAGGAUGAAGGGCUGCCUGACUACAGGCUGCAGUCCAUGGAGCAGGAUGCUGAUGAUGAGGCAGCUGAUGACACUGAUGACACCAGUUCUGUCACCUCUUCUGCCAGCUCCACUGCCUCGUCCCAGAGUGGCAGCGGCACCUGCCGCAAGAAGAGCAUCCCUCUUUCCAUCAAAAACUUGAAGAGGAAGCACAAGAAGAAGAAGACCAAGGUUUCACGAGAGUUUAAGCCAGGAGACAGGGUUGCUGUGGAGGUGGUGACCACGAUGACUUCAGCUGAUGUGAUGUGGCAGGAUGGCACCGUGGAGACAAACAUCCGCUCCAACGAGCUGAUCCCUGUGCACCACCUGGACAACAACGAGUUCUGCCCUGGAGAUUUUGUGGUGGACAAAAGAGCUCAGAGCUCCCAGGACCCUGGCUUGUAUGGAGUGGUGCAGUCUGGGGACCACAUCGGCCGCACCUGUGUGGUGAAGUGGUUCAAGCUGAAACCCAGUGGAGAUGAUGUGGAGCUGAUCGGGGAGGAGGAGGACGUGAGCGUCUACGACAUCGCCGACCACCCCGACUUCCGCUUCCGCACCACCGACAUCGUCAUCCGCAUCGGCAACUCCGACGGCGCCGCCGCCAAGGAGGACGAGCCCUCGGUCGGACAGGUGGCUCGUGUGGAUGUCAGCAGCAAGGUGGAAGUGGUGUGGGCUGACAAUUCCAAGACUAUCAUUCUGCCUCAGCACUUGUACAAUAUUGAAUCAGAAAUUGAGGAGUCAGACUAUGAUUCUGUUGAUGGCAGCACCAGUGGGGCAUCCUCAGAGUGGGAGGAUGAAAGUGACAGCUGGGAAACAGAUAAUGGCCUCAUGGAAGAUGACCACCCAAAAAUUGAGGACUUUGAGCCUGAGGAACCAGCAGCAGAGGAGGUGAAAAAAGUAGAAGAACAAGUCCAGGGAGCUGUGGCUAUGGCAGUUGCAGAUCUUGCUACAGAAAAAGCUGGCAAGGAUGGAGCCCCAAAGAGCUUCAGGGAACUGAAGGAGGCCAUCAAGAUCUUGGAAAGCUUGAAAAAUAUGACUGUGGAGCAGCUGCUGACUGGCUCUCCCACCUCCCCAACUGUGGAACUGGAAAAACCCACUCGAGAGAAGAAGUUCUUGGACGAUAUUAAAAAGCUGCAGGAAAAUCUAAAGAAGACCUUGGAUAAUGUGGCUAUUGUUGAGGAGGAAAAGAUGGAAGCCAUGGUAGAGACGGAGAAGAAGGAAGAAAAAGCAGAGGCACAGACACCAGUGAGGUCAGAGUGGCCCAGUGAGACCCCAGUGCUCUGCCAGCAGAGCGGGGGGAAGCCUGGAGUCACCUUCACCAGUGCCAAGGGAGAAGUGUUCUCUGUGUUGGAGUAUGCUCCAGACUCCCAUGCCUUCAAGAAAAUGGAGUUCCAGCCCCCAGAAGCCAAGAAGUUCUUCAGCACGGUGCGGAAGGAGAUGGCUCUGCUGGCCACCUCCCUGCCCGAUGGCAUCAUGGUGAAAACCUUCGAGGAUCGAAUGGAUCUCUUCUCAGCACUUAUCAAAGGGCCCACACGCACACCCUAUGAAGAUGGACUCUUCCUGUUCGACAUCCAGCUCCCCAACAUCUACCCCGCCGUGCCGCCCCUGUUCCGCUACCUCUCGCAGUGCAGUGGGAGGCUGAACCCCAACCUGUACGACAAUGGCAAAGUGUGUGUCAGCCUCCUGGGCACCUGGAUUGGCAAGGGGACAGAAAGGUGGACCAGUAAAUCCAGUCUCCUUCAAGUACUCAUCUCCAUCCAAGGUCUCAUCCUGGUGAACGAGCCCUACUACAACGAGGCCGGCUUCGACAGCGACCGGGGGCUGCAGGAGGGCUACGAGAACAGCCGCUGCUACAACGAGAUGACGCUGAUCCGCGUGGUGCAGUCCAUGAUGCAGCUGCUGCGCCGGCCCGUCGAGGUCUUCGAGCACGAGAUCCGCGAGCAUUUCCGCUGCCACGGCUGGCGCCUGGUGUCCCGCAUCGAGUCCUGGCUGGAGACCAACGAGCUGGUGGAGCGCAGCCACGAGCGGGCCAACGGGGCGGAUUGCGCCGCGCUGCCGUGCGCCGAGAGCCCCGGGGACGCGGCGGGGGCGCUGGCCGAGGGCGGCGCCGCCGAACUGUCCGACUCGGCGCUGGACGCCAAGGAGGAGCCGGACGAGACGCCUGACGCCGGCGACCUCCAACAGUUGUCAGACUCGGAGAGCACGGGCCAAGCCAGGGGGGACCUGGCCAGAGACCGAACGGACGAGGGGAAGGCUGCCCAGGACUCUGCCUCGCAGCCCAGCGUGAAACCAAAGAAAAGGAGAAAGAGCUACAGGAGUUUCCUGCCGGAGAAGAGCGGUUACCCUGAUAUCGGGUUUCCCCUCUUCCCUUUGUCCAAGGGGUUCAUUAAAAGCAUCCGCGGUGUCUUGCAGCAGUACCGGGCUGCCUUAGCAGGGGCCAACAUCCCAGAGUGGACAGAGGACAAAUAAACCAUCAGGUUAGGGACAGGCAGGUGCAGGGGAGAAGGGAAAGCAGCAGAAAGUAAAUUGGCAAAUGCUGUUAUCAAUCAACUGGCUUCUCCUUCCAGCUUUUCUUCCUCAGCUUGGUUUGUUCCAAAGAAGGUGGUAGGCCUGACUGCUCCUCUGAGGAAAGGUUGUUUAAGCAUGAAUAACUCUUUUCCCCCAACCCCUCUUCCUUCCCCCUGUCCCAUGUACGUGCUCUUCUUGCAAGUUUGACCCUGCAAUGGUAAGAUUUGAGACCUGCACAGAAGCAGUCUUGCAGCCACGUUCCCUCUGCACUUUCAUCUUGGGGCACCUUUCCACACAAGGACUCUUCCCACCCAGCGCUACACCCAGCAGUUUGUUCUGGUGGGGUUCCAGCCAGGAGAAGGGAUUGCUGUAGUUUCUGGAAAUGAAGGGCAAUGCCCUCCCAGUCUUUUCUUUUUCUCAGCGUUCCCAUGGGUUCUAUGAAGUCUACCCCAGCUUAUCUGUACUUAGACAUUGGAUUGUGUUUGCAUUGGAGUUGUCUACACCAUACGGAGUUGCUCUAGUCUUAGUUGUUCACCCAUAGCUACAAGGUUCUUCCAGUCGGGAUUGGUAGGCAGGGCCAGAGCUCUGCACUGGCACUUGUGCUGCCCUGGGAGUGCUGCAGAUUUCCAUGCAGUUCUGCAGCUUCCAGGUCAGUCUCCCAGAGGCAAGUCUAGCCAUCCCCACUUCUUUUUCUCCAGAGUGAGGCAAACUUCCCUUUCCCCACCAUGCAUGCCUGUCUUCUAGAAAUACAUGGGAUUCAGGGUUCUGCCUUUGUUACUUGCUUAGGUCUCUUUUGUUCCAGCCAUCCCGGCUGUCACACAGCACUACACCCACCCUGGAUCCCGGCCUCACCCGGGCAGGCAGCACUGAGUGACCCUGGGGGCUGUUGUAGAUCUGGAUGAGCCUGGUGUGGCUGCUGCUCCCUCCUCCAGCUGCACUCAGGGUCACCCCAGGGGAGCCGUGUCAUGGCCAGGCCCUGUUGUGCUGGUUCCUGUGCUGUUACAGCAGCUGCUUUGGGCUGCUAUCAGCUCCUUCCCUUGCCAGCUGUUUCCCAUGGUGGCCUGGUUGUGGCCAGCAGCACUGUGGGCACAGCACUUCCCAUCCCUACUCCCAGCCACGGUGCUGCUGGACACUCAGGGAAACACCUGCUGAGGGCAGCCUGAGCUGGUGCCCAUGAGCACUUUGAGACAGUGUUUUGCCUGUCCCCUGGUCAAGUCCCCUUCCUGAGGCCUCUGGUCCAGCCUGCACACACCCUCACUUGGAGCUGGGUGGUCACAUCCAGCCCUGCUGCCUUUGCCCAGUGCUCAGGCACUGGAGAGGCACCCACGGAGCAUCCAUGGGGAGCACGGUGUGUCAGGGAGAGCCCUUCCAGCUGCCCAGGGAGGAGUCAGGCUGAGCAGGUGCCUCUGCCAGAGGUAAGGAUGGAGCCAAAGCUCUCCUUUGCUUUUGCUCUGGCUCACUGUGGCUGCAGUUAUAAACUGAGAACAGCAGGAGAAUCCAAACGUGUUGUUGCUCCCAGAAACACCAAGGGCUGCACCCAACAGCCCAAAUCCACCCCUCUCCCUCCACCCCCAGCUUCCUGUGCUUUCCUGCUGCCCCCGUGGUGCUCCUGAGCCAGGGGCUGCCUGCACAAAGCCCUUCUCGUGUCCCCAUCCACCACUGGGGUUUUGGAAGACAUGUCCUUCUCCCGGUGCUCCAGAGGAUGCAGGGCUUGGCUGUGAUGAAGACUUGGGCUGCAGAGCUCUCGAGCCACUGCUCUGUGGGUGCAUCAUCUGCAGCAGCUCCAGCCCUGCUCCCCAAGCCCUCCUGGCUGGAGGGAAGUCGGGCAGGUGCCGAUUUGGGGAGCAGAGAGGUGCUGGGAGCUGUGGGUGGGGCAGGGCAGGCUGGAGCUGUGACCACAGCCAGGGUUGGAGUGAAUGGAUCCCUUUGAACAGAGCACCGUGUCUCGGAGGGCUGGGGGCAAGAGGGGCGGCCACUGCUCCAGGGCAGAGGCUGAUUCCAGGCACAAGCACAGAUUGUGAUGCAGACACUGACACCCUCUGUCCCCAGAGCCAGGCUGUGGCUGCCCCGUGACCCACAGCACCAGGGAUGGAGGGAGGGAGGGAGGGAGAAACCCGCUGGGGAUGGAGGAGCUGUUGAGUUCCCCUUUUCCCCUCCUUUACUCUGCAGCUCUCAUCUCACAGGGCAGGCACCACGUCCUCCCCUUUGCCCAAAAAGUCUCUGAUCCUACACAAGAGCUUUUGCACAGGCUGGGCUCCCUCUGAGGAGGUGGAUGUUGGCCUUUGGAAGGGGACACCGCUCCCCCCAGCACCGCUCGCUCUCUGCAGCUGUCCCAAACCCCAGCGUGCACAGAGGUUUACAAAUUUUCUAAAGCUUUUGAUAAUGUGAAGCUCCUGGGUGAUGAGGUUGGUGGUGAGCACACUGCAGCUAUGUAAUUUUUUGUGUAUGUAUGUAAUAUUUAAGGGUAACAAAAUUUAAAAGGCUAAAACCUUAAAAAAAAAAUUUAAAAACACACAAAAAAAGCCAAAGCAUGAUGCAUAUUGUUAGCCUUAAAACUGGCUACACGACUGUGUGAUGUACAAAUGAGAGCAGCCUGUAACUGUUUUAAGUGCUGGGGAGGGGGAAGAAGCAUUACAAAAUCAGUUUGUAGCCUUGAUUCUGUACAGUAUUUAAUGAAUUAAAAAAACAAACCUGACUAUUGAGGCCAUGCUUAGAGGUGUGUCGUUCACGUGCAGAUGUGGAUGCUUGGUUGCUUAUGAUAUAUGUAUAAAGUGCUGUGUGACCAUUAAAACUUUUUUUACCUGCAGAUUUUUUUUGUUUGGCUAACCAAGGUGUAAUAAAGGAGGGAAGAUGACUUGCCAUUAAAUUUUGCCUCUGUGAGUAGA